AUGUCAAAUGAUAAUGAUCGUCUUCGUGAAUUUAUAUCAUCACCAAUUGAUUUAAAUAAAUUUUUAAAUGAUUCAAUAAAUUUAAAAAAACGUACAACAUUAUUUACAUAUUCAAAUUCAAUUGAUGAAAAUAAUCUUGAUAGAUUGGUUAAUUUAGCUAAAUCUUUAAGUGAUUAUCAUCAUCAUGAACAACAAAAUGAAACAAUAAGAAUAGAAAAUAAUAUUGAACAAGAUGAAAUAGAAGAAGAACAAGAUGAUCAUAAUGAAGAUGAUGAAGAUACAUCAUCAAAUACUUGGCGUAUAAAACGUAAAAAAAAAAAAGUUAAUUCAAUUAUUUUAAAUAAUCUUAAAACAUAUCCAGCUUGUAUUGAAUAUUUAUAUAAAGAAUUUAGUCAAUCACGUCCACAUGCAUCACAUGAUACAGCAUUUUUAAAAAAUAUUCGUGAAUCAAAUCAAGUACAAUCAAAUAUAAAUGAUGAUAGACUUAUAUUAAAUUUACAAAUAUUUUUUCCUGUUGAAUCACGUGAUCGUUAUCGUCAUCAAUUAAUGAAUGAACUUAUUUGUUUAUCAACAUUAACAUUAGCACAAAUACGUGAUUCUAUUGAAUGUGUUAGUGAUGAACAAAUUCUUGGUGAAUAUUCUAAUAAUCCUGAACUUAUAAAAACUAUUGGACAACGUGCUGGUGAUGUAAAUACGGCUGCUUGUUUUAUAAUUGAAUCGAUUAUAUAUGAUGAUUUACGUCGAACAAAUAUACGUUUAAGUGAAAAAAUUCUUGAACAAACAAAUACAAAUUAUAUACAAGGUAAUACAAUGGAAAUGACAAAUUUAAAUGAUAUUAAAAUAAUUCAACUUGGAAAACCAUAUAUUUAUUUACAUCAAACAAAUUGUGAACAUGUUAUUGUAUUUAGUGAAUUAAAAUUACUUGAACAAGAUCAAUGUCAUGAUUCAAAUCUUUAUCCAUUAUGUCGAAUGAAAUAUCAUGGAAGAUUUUCAUAUUGUUUUCUAUGCAAUGUUUUUUAUGCUAAAUGGCUUAUUCGAGAUUCACCUCUAAUACCUGAUGAUCCAUGUUUAUUAUGUGAUAGAUGUUUUAAAGCAUGUCAUUAUGAUAAAGACGAAAAUAAAGUUGGAAAUUUUCUUGCAUAUCAUUUUCCACAAUUGUAA